AUGAGCAUAGACAAGAGAGCUUGUGAACUUAUUCUAGCUGUUUUGGAUCUGCUUUGUGGUUGUGCUGAGGGACGAGCAAAGUUAUUCAAGCAUGAGGCAGGACUCGCAGUUGUUUCCAAGAAAAUACUUAGGGUUUCUCACGUUGCAAGUGAUAAGGAAGUGAGAAUUCUGUGCUCCAUUUGUAGAUUUUCAGCAACUUCUAGGGUUCUUCAAGAAAUGUUGCAGGUUGGUGUUGUGGCCAAGUUGUGCUUGGUUUCGCAAGUGGAUAGUAGCUUGAAGAGCAAGGAGAGAGCUAGAGAGAUCCUCAAGUUGCACUCCAAGGUUUGGAGGAGUUCUGCUUGCAUUCCUGCUAAUUUGAUGUCUACUUAUCCAUCUUGCUGA